UACUUGAGGUCAUUGCAGAGUCGUUUCUGAAUUUCUAAUUAAAGCUGUCUUCUGAGUACGUACGUGAUCUCAUGAGGUACCAUUGAGUACUAGAAAAUUGUUUGAAUUAAAGAAAGUUCGUUUCAGCACAAAAUGGGUCUUUUUUGUCCAGUUGGACGAGACCUUUGAAUAAAAGAAAGCUUCUAUAAAUGGAUGUUAUUUGCGAUAAAAGAAGCAAAGUGUGAGUCUUUGGAUGAUGAAGCUUCUGGCAGAUCACUGGUAUGGUUCUGUAGGGUUAUUAGCCUUGGAGGUUCAGAGUACUAGAAAAGUAAUACAGUUUUUUUCAUCCCUUUCUUCCGGAUGUUUUCAUUUUCUUUGUCCCAUCAUGAUUUUAAUUUGUGGCCAGCCUAGAAAUUGGAGGGGAAGUGCCAUGUGGUGAGCGCAGGUAUGUGCACAUGGUUUCUCUCAUUCCCAAGCCCUUAGACUGUGAACCGGUAGUGGGAAACCUGGGGUUUUUGGGGUUUUCAAGAGAAUCAGUCGCAGAGGAACUCACCUCACCUGAUUGGGUUUAGGAAACAAAAACCCAGUUUUUUAGGAACAAUGGGGCCUGGGGAGCUGUGAGUCUGUGAUAGGAGAAACAACUCGGUAACUUGGUUUCAGUGUAUGUCAAAUUUUAAAAGAAACAAACAAGAAUUGAAGGACAAUGUUUGCUUAGCUAUCUUCUUUUGUGCAUGCCAGUGCAGGUACACCUGUUGUUCAAAUCUCUAAGAACAGUGCAAUUGGGUUCGUUCUGGCGUGGUUUUUCUUGUUCAUUCCCUUUUCAUCUGCCUAUUAAUAUCAUCUGCAGAUUCUGUUUGAAUCCCAUGAACGAAACCUUUCCCUUUUAGCUAUUUGUCGUUUCUAGUAGUUGAGCAAGAAAAGCAGUGGAGCUUUAAACUGCUAUUGCCAUCUUGUUUCUACAAAAAACGCUAUCCUCGCCUGCUCAUGUAUUCGCUUUUUCUAUCUAAUAAUAGUAGAUCCAUCAUCUAGUUUUACUUUGCUUUUUCAAACCUUAAAAGAAACACUUCAAUGUCUCUUCUUUUGCACGCCCGUGAUCUAUAUCAUAGCUUAAUUCCUAUGUCUCAGUAAAAGUAUCAUGCAUCUUUUAAUUCCGUCCAUUCUUAUCUCCUGUUGAUCUCAUCUGCUGUUCUUCCGGUUCGAUAAAAGCGAAAGUUAGUUCCUUUUUCUUGCAUAAUUACUUUUCUCGGGAUAACUGAUUAGUAGGCCGCUAGGCUUUUUCUAAUUCAUGAAUCUGGUAAACACAGUUAAAGAUCAAAUGGCUUCUGCUUUAUGUUGCUUUAGAAACCCACUACCUUGGUUUGCCGUUCUUGCUCCAUUAAUAUUCCUGAUUUCUGCUGGUUUCUCGGGCCUAGGGUUCUCAUCCUUGUUCCAGCUUUCAUCUACAGUAUUUAUCUUGUCUGCUAUUUACUUCACAUUCUCAAAGCGCAAACCAGUGGUAGCUGAGAACCGAGAAGAGGAUAUAGGGUCUGAACAAGAAAGUUCAUCACAGAUGGAAGAUCAUGUGCCAGAAGCUCAGCCCGAAAGUAAAACUAAAACACAAAAGGACAAAUCCGAAGAAGGUAUGAGUGAGAUUCAUGACCGCUUGGUCACAUCACCUUAUAAUUCACGAUCAGAGAGCGAAUGGCAGUAUAAGUACUACUUGUCGACAAGUGAGGAAUCAGAAGUUGAGUGGCCGUUUCGAGAUCAAAAGCUGGAUCAAAGCCCAGAUUGCUCAGAUGGUUCGAUUUCUGACGAGGAAAGUCUCAUUGAAAUUGCCCUUCCAAGUGGGCAGUAUGUUGGUCAUAACGAAGUGAUCAAGACGAAGGAUAAUAAGCAACAGAAGGUGCCAGAUCAUUUAUCUCAAGAAUCCAUUUUCCAGCCACGUUGUUUGAUGGAGCUCUUAUCUGAGAUGAACGAGGAGGACAACUUGAUUGAGAUUGACAUAUCCAUGGGCUCCAUCAAGUGUUCAAGGUUUGAGAUUGAAGCUUGAGUUGCGUUUUGGAUCAGUACUUAAAUAUAUAUAUAUAUAUAUAUAAAUGAAUAACUUUACUAUUACACAUAGUUUUUGUUUUUUUGAUCCUCCAUGGAUUUCGUUGAAUGUAGGAUGUCAUACUUCAGGUGUACUUCCGUUAAUUUGCUUUCUCUUGUUGCACUGUGAAUUAGCUUCUGCUCCCAAACUUUGAAUACCCGUUUAAUUGUAAUUAAGGCAGUAGUAGUAGUACUACUACCUGUACUAUAUAUAUAUAUAUAUGGACCUUUGUUUUCUGAUCUUAA